UCACUAGAUCUAAUGUUCAUGGGGGAACUCAUUUUGUUUAAGAUUUCUCCGUUAGACCUUUACAGAGAGAAAAGAAGGGAAAAUAAAUUAAAAAAGAAACAAAAAGCAAAAGCAAAGUCUCUCCAGAGAGAAAACACCAGAGAGUAGCCAAGAAAGCGAAGUUCCUUGAUAAAAAGCUUUUAUUUCUAUCAGAACCAUCAAAGUCUUUGUACUUUGAAGUAAAAACCCAGACUCAGUAAUCUAAUGGGGGAGGAAGAGAAAAAACCAGUUGAAGAGAAAAAAAUGGAAGAGAAAAAGGUUGAAGAUGAUGGAAAGAAAAGUGAAGAAAAGAAAGAAACUAAAGAAGAAACCACUCCACUACCACCACCACCUCCACAAGAGAUUGUAUUGAAAGUUUACAUGCAUUGUGAAGGCUGUGCUCGUAAAGUUCGUCGUUGUCUCAAAGGGUUUCAAGGAGUGGAAGAUGUAAUGACGGAUUGUAAGAGUAAUAAGGUGGUGGUGAAAGGUGAAAAAGCUGAUCCUUUAAAAGUUCUAGAGAGAGUUCAAAGGAAAAGCCAUAAACAAGUUGAGCUUCUUUCACCUAUCCCUAAACCACCGUCUACGGCGGAGGAUAAAAAACCAGAGGAAAACGAAAAGCCUAAAUCUGAUGAAAAGAAAGAAGAGCCUCAAGUAAUCAUGGUGGUGUUAAAGGUUCACAUGCAUUGUGAAGCUUGUGCUCAAGGAAUUAAGAAACGUAUUCAAAGAAUGAAAGGGGUGGAAUCAGCUGAACCAGAUCUGAAGAGCUCAGAGGUGACAGUGAAAGGAGUGUUUAGUCCACCAAAACUGAUUGAAUACGUUUACAAAAGAACCGGGAAGCAUGCAGUGAUAGUGAAACAAGAACCGCCGCCGCCGCCGCCGCCGGAGGAUAAAAAGGAAGAAGAAAAACCCAAAGAUGGUGGCAAAGAAGAGAAGAAAAAUGAAGAGAGUAGUGGUGAAAAAGACAAGAAAGACUCCUCUUCUGGCGGUGGAGAUGACAAGGGUAAAGACAAGAAAGGAAGCGGUGGUGGUGAAGGAGGAGAAGCAAAUGUGGCCGCCGGAGGAGGAGGAGAAGUGGCGGAAGGUGCGGUGGAAGAGACUAGAGUGGCGGUGGAGCUGAAGAAAAAUGAAUUCUAUUAUUACCCACCAAGGUAUGCCACUGAGUUCUAUGCUUAUCCUCCUCAGUACUUCAGUGAUGAGAACCCUAAUGCUUGUUCUAUAAUGUAAUCAACAAAAAAAUGUUGGGUCCUCUGUUAAUCUCCAUGUUCGUCUCCUUGUUCUGUUUAAUGGCUAUAAAAGAAAGUAUAAUCUACAGUGAAACUGUAGAAUUUUGCCAUUUUGUAUUUUUCUUUAAGAUGUUAUAUAUAAUUAUAUCUAAAAUAAUGAUAUAGUUUGUAAGUUGUACAUUUUUUUUUCUAUUGGGUUAAUCUCUGCCGUUUUUA